AUGGCACCAAUUCACUUCUUAGUAACUCUUACUCCCGCACCGGGAAAGGAGGCUCGUCUCCGAGAAACCCUCACCGACCUCGUAAACAAAGUUGAGAAGAAUGAGCAGGCAACUCAUAAGUACCAAGCAUUCGAACAAUACGAUGGUGAAAAAGGAAAUGUCUUCGUUCUCCAAGAAAUCUUUGAAGACGAAGCCGCAGUAGCUGCUCAUAUGGGUGCAUCCUACGCCAGUGAAUUUGGAAAGCUUUUGUCUGAGGAGGGACUCGUGGGUGCACCAAUCGACAUCAAAAAGAUUCAGCCAUUUGUUGGAUUUGCUAGUCGCUAG